AUGACACAAGCUAUCAUCCCACCCACCACCAAAACUACCUCCAAUCAGCAACAAGUUUACUAUAAAGGUCAAAGUUCACAGAAACAUGAUGAGGAUUGUGGUUGGCUGUGCCUACGACCUCCAGGCUGUGGAAAGUUCAUGAGUCCUGCUUGGGUGCUGUUUUUUCUGUGCUGGGCUAGUGGGAUACAGGGUAUGGUAGUAAAUGGUUUUGUCAAUGUAGUGAUAUCAAACAUCGAGAGACGAUUUUCUAUCAGCUCUACGGAAUCAGGCACCAUUGCAUCAUGUUACGAUAUUGCAUCCGUCUUACUGCUCAUUCCCGUCACCUACUUCGGAGGUCAAGGGGUCAAGCCACGCUAUUUAGGAAUAGGUGUGUUGGUGCUAGGACUGGGAUCGUUUGUGUUCACGAUACCCCACUUCGCGACGGAUACUUACGUUGUGGACGGAGCUUAUGAAGACACUUGUAAUGGAUUCACCAAUUCUACUUGUGUCGUGGGCCAAUCGUUAUCAAGUCUUUCCGAUUUCAAGUACCUGUUUUUUCUCGGUCAGUUACUCCAUGGAGCAGGUGCUGCCCCCUUGUAUACUUUAGGAGUUACCUACCUUGAUGAGAAUCUACCUCAACGGUCUUCAUCAUUUUAUGUUGGUAUAUUUUAUACAUUUGCUAUAUUGGGACCAGCUUUAGGAUAUUUAGUAGGUGGUGAAUUACUCAAUAUUUAUACAGACUUCAGAGCUAUUGAUACUGCAAGUCUAACCAUUGAUAAAGACAACCCAAGAUGGGUGGGAGCCUGGUGGUUAGGAUUUCUGAUCAGUGGUACUAUGGCUUUCCUUACUGCUAUACCUCUUGGUGGAUUCCCCAGAUCCUUACCAGGAUCAGCUAAAUAUAGAGCCGAACGUAAAAAUGAAGUGUACCAUAAAGAAGGCUCAGAUGAAAGCCAGAAAGUCGGAUUAAAACGAGGACCAAAAGAUAUCCUACUUUCCAUCAAAUUACUUGUCACAAAUCCUACAUUCAUGUUUUUGAAUUUCGCUGCUGCUAGUGAAGGUAUUAUACUCAGUGGUUUUUCAACAUUUGCACCAAAAUUUAUAGAAGCUCAGUUUUCAUUCUCUUCAGGAUGGGCAGCACAAAUUAUGGGUUUUGCUCUGCUACCAGCUGGUGGUGGUGGGACAUUAAUUGGAGGUUUCCUGGUGAAAAAAUUUAACUGGAAAGUUCGAACUAUAGUCAAAUUCUGUUUAUGUACCACCGCCUUCUCAAUGAUACCAAGCUUUGUCUUCUUCACCUAUUGUGACAACAUGGCAUUCUCUGGUGUGAAUAUUAAAUAUGAUGCAGUGAAUGUUGAUCUAUCAUUUUUGGGAGGUAAUUUGAACAGCCAAUGUAAUGAUCCGUGUAAGUGUACCAAUGAGAAUUAUAACCCAGUUUGUGGUAAUGACGGUAAGAUGUACUUCUCCCCGUGUUACGCUGGUUGUGAGGUUGGUCUAGGAGGUGAUCCUAAGAAAUACACAAACUGUUCAUGUAUUAUGAAUGCCACUACCACGGUGGACAAGCCAUAUAUGGCAGUCAGUGGCAAAUGUGAGAGUGAUUGCCCUUGGUUGCCACUUUUUGCCCCAAUAUUUGCUGUUGUGAUGUUUUUGACGUUUUUAACGACAAUGCCUGCUUUAUCUGCGACAUUAAGAUGUGUUCCUGAAAAUCAAAGAUCUUUUAGUUUAGGCAUACAAUGGAUUAUAGCCAGAUGCUUAGGCUCCAUCCCUGGACCAAUAUUAUUUGGGAAAAUGAUCGAUCUCACGUGCCUGGUGUGGCAGAACAAGUGUGGUGAACAAGGCAGCUGUUUCUUCUACGACAACCAGCAACUCAGCUACAAUCUGCUGGCUUUAGGAAUGGCGUUAAAGUGUCUGUCCACCAUCUUUUUCUUCCUGUCUCUAAAAUUAUACAAACCUCCUCCAAUUGAAGAGAUUCGCAUCUCCCCUGAUACAACAAGCGAAUCUGUUUCCUCCAACAACGGAAAAACAUCAACUGAAAACUUAACUGAUAAUGGUAAACCAACAGAAGGGGGUUCUGGGAGAUAA